CAAAUUGGUUCAUCGUUGAGGUGUCUUUGCAAACUUGCUUGUGGCAAUUUUUCCCCAAUAAAUGAAGUUACUGCCCAGUGUGUGCUGAAGUUUGGUUUCAGCAACUUUGGGAGAUGUAGUAAUUGAAACUGUGCUCAUCCUAGUGGAUGAUCUUUAAGGAUCUGGGGAAAGAAUCCUGAUCUGGAAUCUCCCUCAACCAGAGCAGUUAACUUGUGGUUUACAGAUUUUGCAGUCAUUUCUUCACAUGCCGUUGCUUCAUUUAACUAAGCCCCAAGAACGGGAAGCGUGCAUUGGAGUGAACAACCAGAGUUAUUUCUGUGAUACGGGACACUGUUGUGGAGAAUCACAAUGCUGUAACUACUAUUAUGAGCUUUGGUGGUUCUGGCUCGUCUGGACCAUCAUCAUCAUUCUGAGCUGCUGCUGCAUCUGUCACCACCGGCGGGCCAAGUUACGCCUGCAGCAGCAACAGCGACAGCGAGAGAUCAACCUCAUCGCCUACCAGGGAGCUCGGAACUACUCUCUGCUACCCCUCUACCUGAGGUUCCUGCCAAGCUACCUGCUGCCUGCGUACGAAGAAGUCGUGAACCGGCCAGUGACCCCGCCACCUCCCUACAGCGCCUUCCACCAGCAGUCGAUCGCAACGUGCAACGGCCCCUCCAACCCAGAGCCGUCGCGCGCUCCCUCCACCCCGGGGAACUCUGUGCCAACGGUGUGCGAGGCUGUGCCUCGGCAGGGGAGUGUGCUGGGCCUGGACUCCCCCCGCGCCUACUCGGAAUGUAGCUUGAACAAGGCGCUGGCCUGCGAGCAUCCUGAGGGCCCGGCGGAGGGCUGCCGCGAGCAGGAACCCGUGAGGGCCUGCUGCCUCGACCUGGAGGAAGAGCUGGACUGCCCCGAGAAGGAGCAACUGACCGACUAUUACCCAAGCUCCUCCAAGAUCGAGAGCUGGCAUCAGCAGUCGUGCUUGGAGAUCAAGGACCUUGAUAAGACUCCUGGGAGGCACCGGAGGUUCACCGGAGACUCGGGCAUCGAGGUCUGCGUCUGCAACCGGGAUGGCGACCCCGACGACCCGAAGGAGCUGGACGGUCUGAUCGACGGCGUGGGGGAGGCGAUGGAGUUCUGCGACAGCUGCGAGCUCUGCGACCACUGCCCCCGGGGAGAGGGCCCCGCCGAAGGCCACGGCCCGCAGGAUCAGAAGGAGCAACAGCUCGGCCAGGAGGCGGCCGCCGACGAGCCGGUGUGCCUGCUGCUGGACACCAUCAACGAGAACGAACUGCUGCAAGCUCCCCGGCACUGCGACCCUCACACCUAACUGCUGGGGCCCCUUGCCACCGGCUGCUCAAGGACUCCUUGUGCAGUUGUCUCAUUAAAAGCUCUGGCGUUGCAUGGCCUUGGAAAAGCUCGAGGGUAAAAGACAGCAAAUGUCAGAGUGCUGGGGUCGUGGAAGGUGACGAGGCCGGCAGUGUUGAACCACUCUUGCCUAUCAACAAGAGCUUUAAUUCCCACUAUCGGAUUGCAGUCUAGAAGCAAUUAUAACAUCAACUGGAAUUUUAUAUCCAGCAUUUAAAUUUUUAAUCAAGUGUAUUUGCAUGGGAUUGUGACCCUACAUUCAUCUUGAGUUAUUUCAAAAGGCCACUCUUCUUUCCUCGUGUCCUUAUACAAGUGACAGCUCUGGUUGAAGAUUACAAGCGGUUGACAAGGGGGAAGCUUUGGCUCUGAAGAACAGUGUACUUUUGGCUAGGAGGGGUGAUAGUUUUUCUUUGGGAUUACGGAGAGCAGCUUUAAACUGCAUAGAGGAUAUCUCUCUGCAUCAUCUUCCCCUCCCACACUCUGUACCGAUGCACAAACCUCACUUGGUUACCAUGGUUUUGUGUUCCCUGUUUGUCACAUGCUGUAUGAGGAUUCAGGAAGUGUGGGACGGCAGGAUGAACUGAUCACUGGGAGAAAUUGUCGUGCCACAAAGAAGAAUGUCAUAAAUGUACUGGGAUAUGCAAUUUUAAAAAAAAAUUGUGCUGGGUCUUUCACUCUUUUUAAAAAAAAAUGUCUGUAAUGUGGCUCGUGCCUGGCUGAUCUGAGUGCUGUUCCUGAGAUGAUUUAAAUGUUUCCUAUGUGAAACUUCAUCCUUUUCUGAGUGACAGUUGAUUGGUGUGGUUUGUUUCUGUGAUAGACUCGUCACUGCAGAGUGGUUGAGCUCGUCUACCAGUGAAAUGCCUGCAACCCUUCGGCAGCAAGAAAGGGUAACUUCCUAAGAGUGUGUGUGCACUGCACAACAGAACCACAGGCUCUCCUACCCGCAUUGCAUUUGUACACCUUGUCGGUGUACAAGGCUCUGAAUUGCAUACUUGACCUCAGGAUAUCCCAAAGCGCUUCACAGCAAAUGAAGUACUGCAGCCACUAUUAGUGAUGUAGGAAGCGUGGUGUUUAAUGUUGCGCACAGGAAGUGCUCUCAGUUAGUAGUGAAGGGCCUUAUUUGUUCUAGGUGUUGGUUGAGGGGUAAGGGUAAGUGCAGCUCUGCUCCCUGGCCUACGUGACAGGCCCCUCAAUUUAAAAUCCCAGCCCAACAUUGACUCCUUCAGUUGUGCAAUACCACACUUAAAGUCUAAUUUAGGGCAGUAUGGGAUGGAUUUGAGUUUGUAUCUGCAUGUACACCCUCUACCCCCCUCCCCCCCCCACCCCCCCAGUAACCUACAUCAAUUACUUCACAAUGAGCUUUAGUUUAAUACCCAAAGGUUUGGAAUCACCCACUGGUGAUUUCAUCUUCACUGAUGUGGUUGGUCUCACAGUGGUGUGUUUCCGAGAUACUCAGUGGGGAAACCCACUGGACUGUCUGAUCUCAAAGGCUUCAGACCAGGGUCUUCAUGUGUAACCUUACACGAGUGGUGAUUUCUCUAACCUCCAGUCAUUUCUCCUCCCCCACGUCUCUCUUUCUCAUUCUGGCUCCCCCUCUUACCCCAUCUCUUCUCCUCUCCUGCCCAUCACCUCUCUCUCUGGUGUCCUUCCUCCUUCCCUUUCUCCCAUGACCCACUCUCCUCUCCCUAUCAGUUUCCUCCUUUAGCUUCUCACUUCACUCCCCACUUCCCCCACCCACCUGUAUUCCCACCUACCUGGUCUCACCUAUCACCUGCCAAAUUGUACUCCUUCCCUCCACUGUCUGUUUCUGGCUUCUCCCUCCCUCCCUUUCCAGUCCUGGUGAAGGGCCUCGGCCUGAAACGUCGACUGUUCAUUCCCCUCCAUUGAUGCUACCUGGCCUGCUGAGUUCCUCCAGCAUUUUCUGUUUGAAACUCUUCAUUGGAUCAGGUGCUGACCCAGGGGUAGCUUAAGCAUUUGGUUUUGCUAGACCAGGGUAGGGUGGCACCUCGGUGAAACGAGGCAACAAGGCUCUCAUUCCAACCAAACAAGGAUGCCAAAGGAACUUGAGAAGUUCACCACGCAUUAGAAAGAUAAUUUAGCUACUAUUGUGAGACCGUGAGGUAGAGAACUGACAACGCAGCUGCUGUAGAAACCGUUACGUGGUUGUGUAGGAGAGGAGAACGGCACUGUAUUGUAUAGCUGACACUCAGCAUAGCAUGAAGACCCUUUCAGGGAAUGUCUGUGGGACUUCCAGUUUCAUUUAAUGACCAGUUUUCAUGUUUUAUUUUUUUAAAUGAGGGAUGUGACUUGGGGGGAUAUCUCUCUGACACAUGUGGAGUUAAAGCUCGGUCUGUAGUUUCGAUGUGAAAAUCUUUCUUUUAAUGAAGGGGUAAGAUGCAAACUACAGAAAGCAGGAAGAAUGCAUAGCAGUUAGUAAAACAUGUGAAAACUCACUCUUUGCUCCUGCCAAUUGCUAGCUUACACUUGGUUUUAACAUCACAUUGUAAUUUCUCCAAUAGAUAUUUUAACAAUUUAUUAAAAAAUCAAUAGUGUCCAGUGA